AUGGAACAGAUAUCUGAAACCAUAGAUUUAACUGAUGAUCACAUUGACAUUAUUGAUGUAGAUGUACUCAGAGAACCAGUUCAGAGAAGAAGAUUUGAAUUAAAUAUUGAUCCAUUAUAUAUUAAAGAGAGUUACAGACAAAAAGGUUAUAGUAGUGAUGAAGAAUCUGAAGAACAAAUAAAAAUAGAACAUAGGAGAAUUGAAGAAUUAAAACCAACAAAAGAGUUAGAAGGAAUUAGGUGUCCUAUUUGUUUUGACCUUACACGAAAUGUAAUGACAACAAAAUGUGGUCAUUUAUAUUGUUCAGAUUGUCUUAAUAUUAUUUUUGAUACUCCAGGAGUACAUUAUUGUCCUAUAUGUAAACAAAAAAUAAUUAAAAAUUCAUGUCAUCGUAUUUUUCUAUAA